UAUAUAUCUGUUUGAAUGAACAGAAUUAUUAUGUUAGUGGUAUUUAUAGCAGAGUAAAAUUUCACCUUUUAUAAUUUAGUGUUCUUAAGUAUUCAAUUCCUCAUUCAACAGUGUUCAGCUAUAAUAUACUUAUUUUCAUCAUGGAACAAAAUUUGGUGAUUGAAGUGAAUAUAUCAGACUAUAUCCUCACACCUCUAUCAUGUGCGUCGUUAGUAGAACAGUUUCUGAAAAGCCUGCUAUAUCAAAAAUCUCAAAUACCAUAUCCUUACACGUGGUUGAAAAGUUCUGUCAACAGAAGACGAAAUCGUGUUAAUGUAACUGAAGGAAUACAAUCUAAUGGGACUUAUCAAUUCAAAAUAGAAAACCAAUAUAGAAUAGCUUCAAAGCUUUAUGAUGGCCUGGAAGAUAUUAUGAAUGAAUUAGCCAAAGAACUUUCCAAAAAUACCGUGAGUGAAAUAUUCAUAUUAUUUGGACCAACUCCACUUUGCCCUAAAGAAGUUUGUAGAAUCAAAAUACCCAUUUUGGCUGCGGGACAUUUUGAAGAAGCUCAUGUGAAAGAUGCCCUUAAAUACCAGCAUAAUGCUUUGAGGCAAAUUUUUAUGUCUAAUUCCUGGAUGGACUCAAUCGACUCUAGCAUACCAUGUACAAAUACCUUCAUUUUUAUAACAAAACUUCAAGAUGAUGGAUCUCAAAUGACACUGUUGAAAGCCUGCCAACCACUCAAUUUCCAGAAGAACGUGAAGCAGUACACAAUAAAAGUGAAUUGGGAUUCACUUCAGAACUACGCAUGCUGCAAAAUAUUCGAUGAUAGUAAUGAACCCACUGAAUAUGAGGUAAUAGCGAAUUCCACAGAACAGACAGAAAGAAAUAUCAUGUGGUAUCAAUUUGAUCAUAGUUUAGAAGGAUACAAAAAUAUUUAUAUCAAUGGAAAAGGUGUUAGUGAAUUGUGGUAGAUUUAUUGAAAAAAACUUCUCGAAUAUUUAUAUGAGAAUUAUUAUUGUGAACAAUUCGAAGAUUAAGAUCCUAGUAAUCAAUUCUUUCUUGCAUAAUUUUAUAUCGUCAAUUUUCUGAAUUUGGACAAUAUUCAACAAUUAUAAAAUGUAUCAUAUAAGCAUUAUAUUUCAUAUAUUUCUAUUUGAAAUAAACACUAUCUCCUGUAA